GCCGAUGGAUCUACAGCGCUGCACCUUGCCGCUGAAAAGGGUCACGCUAAGGUUGUUCAGUUGCUGCUGGCAGGAGGGUCAAACCCGAAUGCUGCUACUCAACGAGACGGGUCGACAGCACUGCACAAAGCGGCAUUUAUGAACAACCCGGAGGUGGUGUGGCUGUUACUGCGCAGUGGCGCUGACCCUCAGCUCAAGGACGCUAAGGGAGUCACUGCUGUUGAUCAAGCAGAUUCGGAGGAACUGAAACGUAUUCUGCUUGCUACCAGCUCGGAACGAGAC